UCUUUUUUCUCAAUACAUAUACAUACAUUUGUACGUUCGUAUACGUAUACUUUCAUCUUUAUUCUCGGCGACUUUCGUGCUUGUUUUUCCGCACACAAACAAACUUUCAUGGUUGAUAUCGAAGCUCAUAUCCCAUCUGCUUUUGACCCAUUUGGUGACGUUGAUCAAGAUACCGGUUUAGGAGCUGCUGGUCUUAAAGAGUAUGUUCAUAUUCGCAUACAACAAAGGAAUGGUCGUAAAAGCUUAACAACAGUUCAGGGUCUGAAAAAGGAGCUCAGUUACGAUAAGAUUUGCAAAGAUUUGAAGAAAGAGUUUUGUUGUAAUGGCUGUGUUACACAAGACAAAUCUUUGGGCAAAGUGAUCCAACUUCAAGGUGAUCAACGCAAGAACGUUUCUGCGUUCUUGACUCGUGCUGGGAUUGUUAAUAAGGAUCAGAUUAAGAUUCAUGGUUUUUAAGAACAAAGCUUGAUUUUCGAUUUGCUUAUUGAUGCCUAUUAGUAUUUUUUGAAUUUCUGUUUUUGUUUAGUGUGUUUCUUCGUUAUGGAUGUUUUAUGUAUCUGGAUGAUGUUCACCAGUUUGCUAAAUGAAAUAAAAGUUUUUAGUGUGACAAA